AUGUCAACUGCCAAGUCCUUCACCUGGGAAGGAAGAGCCCCUGGCAAUGAUACAGGCUGGGGCUUGCCUGUCCAGGGAGCAGCUCCGCUGCAGAGGCCGCUGGGGUCCUGGUGGGCAACUAAAACUGGUAUUGCAUUGUUGUAUGAUGAAGUAUCCGAAAAUGCUUAUGACAUCCGACUGAAGCUUACAAAAGAGGUAUUAACAAUUCAAAAACAAGAUGUCGUCUGUGUUAGUGGAAGUGAUCACAGUGCAAAUCACAGAACUGUUACACUUCGUAGAAAACCAGUUGGUGGCUUGGGCUUAAGCAUAAAGGGUGGUGCUGAGCACAAAGUGCCUGUCGUCAUAUCAAAAAUGUUUAAAGACCAAGCAGCUGACCAAACAGGAAUGUUAUUUAUAGGAGAUGCAAUAAUACAGGUUAAUGGUAUAAAUGUAGAAAGUGCUACCCAUGAAGAAGUGGUGCACCUACUGCGAAAUGCUGGCGAUGAAGUUACCAUCACUGUUCAGUACCUCAGGGAAGCUCCAUCAUUUUUAAAGCUCCCAUUAGGUUCCCCUGGACCAUCCAGUGAUCACAGCAGUGGAGCUUCAUCACCUCUCUUUGACAGUGGCUUACAUUUAAAUGGAAACUCAACUAACACUGCUCCAUCAUCACCUUCUUCACCCAUAGCUAAUGAACCAAAAUACGAGAAGCGCUGGCUAGACACGUUAUCAGUUCCUCUGUCAAUGGCUCGAAUCUCGAGGUACAAAGCUGGAACAGAUAAAUUAAGAUCUAAUGCAUUUGAAGUGCUGGCACUCGAUGGAGUUAGUACUGGGAUACUUCAGUUUUAUACAGCCCAGGAGAGUGCUGACUGGCUGAGAGCAAUAUCAACUAACAUCAGUGAUUUGACACUUCAAAAUAUGAAAAUGGCAAAUAAAUGCUGUUCUCCCUCAGACCAGGUCAUACACAUGGGAUGGGUAAAUGAGAGACUUGAAGGAACUGAUUCCUCUCAGCUCUACAGAUUCAAAUUUCUGGCACUGAAGGGUUCAUCCUUCUACAUUUUCAGCACUCCACCGGUAAGCACGCUAGACUGGGUACGAGCUGAAAAAAUCUAUAACCUCUGUGAGGUUCUAUUUAAAAUUCACAAGCUCUGGCUUGCUGAUGAUUGCUGGCUACAAGCAAACUUGUAUUUAGGUAUUCAUCAGGACUUUGAUCUUGAAGACCAGAGGCCAUAUUGUUUCAGUGUUAUGGUUGGACAUGGCAAGAGUCAUUAUUUCAAUGUAGAGCUGGGCAACGAGUUGGCAGUGUGGGAGAAAUCAUUUCAAAGAGCAAUUUUCUUGGAAGUUCAAAGGACAGGGUCUAAAACGUAUAUGUGCAGUUGGCAAGGGGAUGCCCUGUGUUUCACAGUCGACUUUGCUCUGGGAUUUACCUGUUUUGACAGUAAAACAAAGAAUGUCCUGUGGAGGUUUAAGUUCUCUCAGCUCAAAGGAUCUUCAGAUGAUGGGAAAACAAAAGUAAAGCUGCUUUUUCAGAAUCUAGACACCAAACAAAUUGAGACAAAGGAACUCGAAUUUCAGGAUCUGACGGCAGUUUUACACUGUAUUCACUCCUUUAUAGCAGCAAAAGUGGCAUCUGUGGAUCCAGUAUUCAUAGACAGUCAGAGUAUUGCAAGAAAAUAUAUGUACAGUAACUGA